AUGAGCGCAACCUAUGUUACAGCUUCCGUCGGAGGCACAUCUGAUCCCGAUGCACAACAACAGCAACAUGAACAAAAACCACAGCCGCCAAAGUCGGAUGAUAAUGCCGUUCAGAGUUUAGAGGCGCCCGAGCCAGUCGGUAGCCUCAGCACAACCAGCGUUUCUAACCAGCCGCCUUUUGAAUCAGACCAUGGCCUAUCCUUCGCUGAUCUCCCACCAGACUUGGCUGAGCUCCGCUUCUCUGAGUACCCGAACCAGCAUCCUGGACAUUUGCCAACAAUUUAUCCCAGGCAACAACAACAACAACAAGAACAGCCCGAUAAUAAACACAACGACGUCAACGUAAACGACAACCCCGACAAACCCACUCACAGUCACGAAUCACUUAAUGCUACUGCCUUUCUGCAGAACAACAUCAACGCCCCAGUGAUCGUACAUCAACCGCCAGGUACUUCACAACCACCGCUUGCAUGCAUUGAUGCAGAUUCACUCGACGAUUCUUCUUCUCAAACAUCACAACAACAGACUUCCGUUUCACCCGCACGAAUCACUGCACGAAGACCCUCGCCGGGCUUGGCCGCGCGAUUAAAAGCCCUCGGUUUCGGCUCCAGUAACCCUCAGAGAGAAACCCAAUCCGCUGCCGCACUUCGGGCCGAAGCUAUCGGCCGCCUCGACGAAGAACAGCUUCGCCAGCUUGACCAAGGUCACCAGGCCGGAUCCGAAGCACCCAUCGUUGAACGACGCGGCAGACCCUGGAAAGGUGCCCUCGUUCGCAUCCCGUCGAAGGCCAGUCUGAAGGGGCUGAAAUUCAGGUCCGGCAAAAAAAGCCCAAACUCGGUUUCGCAUUCGGACGCUGAGGUUGCCGCCAGUCCGGCUGCUGUUGUGGCCCCUGAGGUCCCAGAGGGCCCUGAACUGCUUCCAGAGAUUCACACAGUGCCUGAGCUGGCCAUGGAUACGAACAAAUUUCGACUGCCGGAUCACUCCAACGGCAAUGGGACCAAGUGUCAGCCCGAGACACGUCAACAGCACCUCGAUAGGGAUAGCAUCAUUAUGUCACCGACUACUCCGGAUGAUGACGAAAGGCCGCCUCCGCCUCCAAAAGACUCACCACCCCUCUCAUCAGCAACCACACCCGCCACCGACUUCAGUCAAGAAAUUCAUUUCAACCCGUUAGGCCUGCAGCGCCCAGGGUCGAUAUACACACUAUCCCGCGCCUCAUUCUCUAACCAGUUGGCCCAACUGACUUCCCUUCAGCUCCCUGAUGCCAAUUCUUUGUCGGAAAAGGUUGCUGCCAUAUCAACCGCCCAGUCCGCCACGAGAGCACUGAUCGGUGCAGCCGAGCAGAUUAGGAACUGGAUUUCGAAAGCUUCCGAGGUUAUUAGCGGCUUGGACAGCGACGAUGAUGUCGAGUGGUCGGCCGCCGGCGGCAGAGAAGGCUUGGAGGAGGUGGAGAGUGCUAUAAGUCGGUUUGAAAGCCUGAUCAAGGUCUAUCUCUCUGCCAUUGAAGCACUAAACAACCGACCCGACGUUGGCUCGGUUGCUCCCGAGGACCUUGCCAGGACUGUCAUGCAGAUGGAAGCCAUCACUAAGGAGUGGGCCAACAUACACGUCACGUUGAAUUCGGUCAAAGGCCAGGUUGAGAUUGCUAUGGAAUGGGAGGAGCUAUGGAAUAUGGUGCUGGGAGAUAUCCAAAACGAGAUGGACGAGCUUUGCAGGCUUGUUUUCGAGAUGGAGGAACGGCGACAUAGGUCCAUGCUGGCCGUUUCUAACGGUCAAGAUAAUGUCGACAUCGGGGACUUGGAGACGAUAGUCGAGGAGACGCCCCCCGCAGCAACAAGGCUACAAGCUGCUAAGAGCCACCGUUUUAGCUUGCCAGCGUUCCCCGCCAGCCCUAGCUCGCCUGGCGUGCCCAGUUUGACCCAGGAUGACUCGAGUCUACUGGCUCUAUUUGCGAGGAUGCAGCCCUUGCGUGCCUCCUUGGAUUUCCUCCCCAUGCGACUCUCUGCCUUUGCGGCAAGGGCUGAAAAGACAUUCCCCAGCGCCGCCGAAGAGCUCGAAAUGCGAAGAGAAGACUUGGACAACAGCUAUAAGAAGCUCGAGAAGGAUGCAGAGAAUUUACGUAAAGAGCUUGGUGAGGACCGUUGGAUCCUCGUCUUUCGAGGGGCGGCCCGACAAGCACAGAAGAUGUACGAAUCGGUUGAGCGCAGUGUCUCCAAGAUCAAGGAGUGUGUGGACGCUGGCCUUAACUUGACGAACCCUGCCUUGAUGGGUAAGAAGAUCGAAAGCUACGAAGCGAAGAAGACACACUACAGCCCUGCAAUCGAGCGUGUUCUUUCUAUCAUCGACCGCGGCAUCAAGGAUAGAUUGACAGUCAACGGGGAGAUUGUGCGACUGCAUACGGAACUCCAAACCAAGUGGGACGAACUAAGAGAUCGCAUGCGUGAUAUGGACCUUACCUUGGACGAACUCACCAUGGACGAUAAAGGGCAGGCGCUUCGGGACUCGAUCUCUACUAUGCUAUCAAACGAUAUGUCUGGACUCGGAAGCGGGCACGAAACGCCUCAGAGCUCGCCGCCUUCAUCAGUAAUAAUGUCAAAUCUGGGCCUCGAGACUCCGACCUCGAAGAUCUUGAACAAAAGAAGGUCAGCGUCCGGGAACGCCAGCGCUCUUCCGAUGCCAACAAACCGGAGGAGCUUGUCUGCCGUUGUACCCUCGCAGCAACAGCCUCGAAAGCCGAUCUCGAGACUGUCAACCACCGGGGGUCUUGGUAGGGAUAGCUCAUUAACACCCAUGGCGAAGCCUCGACCAAGCACCACCCGCCCAUCAAACAACCCAAUUCCUAACCGUCCCCGGUGGAAUUCUUCUGUUAACGGCGUAGACACCGGCCACAACUUCAAACCAUUGGCGGUCGAGCCACAGAGCACCCCGUCUCCCCGUUCCAGCGCCAGUAAAAUGCCGCUACGUAGCCCUCUCAGUGGCCGUGCAGGCUCUGCUUCGCCUAUGCCCGACGUAACACCUUCAAAGCCUCCUAGCAGUCAUAGCCGAUACUCAUUCCGUGAGAGACUGACCUCCCCUGGUCCGUACUCACAGCAGGCUGUUGCAGCAUCGAGGAUGAAUCAGCCACGCUUGACAGCCCAAUCAUCCUCGUCCUCGUCCGCUUUGAGCAACCGCAGGUCGUCUCUCCAACCACCAGGCCGGCCCAAGGUCGAUGCGCCUCUUGGCACCAGCCCUGUGCGUCCGGCUAGCUCUAUGGCGACAACAAAUCCGCGCCGGACGAGUGCUUUGCCGCAAAGCACCGGAAGCAUGGGGCUUUUCAGGGACGGAGUAGCCAGAAGUACCAGCGUCUCAGGCCGCAAUACACCUUCAACACAGCGGGCGCCAUUCCGCAAGAGCCAGACGGAGAAGCCAAUGGAUUCUAAGCCAAGAUGGAAAUUCUAA